AUGUCCGAAACCAAUGCUAAUACUGCAGCAACUACCACUACACAACCAGCCGCACUAGUAUGGGCACGGAAUCCAGAAGAAGAAGCUGCUGCAGCGGCAGCCGUAAUAAAAGCAGCCGAAGAACAGAAACAACGAGAGGAGGAAGAAGCAAAGGAUGAAGGCAAUACCUUUGUCAAUCAUGGAUUCAUGAGAUGGCAAAAAGGUCGAGAGGACUGGCAUGCCGAGAAACUCAAAAGGAUUCAAGAACAGCAAGAACGCAAAGGUGGUAGUGGUGGUGAUGGCAAUAGUAAUAAUAACACCAUGCCUGACCAUUUGCGACAAUCCAUCCCACUCGAUGUGGAUGAAAUCAUUGAUAUCAUCUUUUCGCCUCGUUGGAGAAUGGCGGGAGCGGAAACGGGGCCACCCAAACGAUUUCCACAAAAUGUACCUCUGGUGCAAAUGGUCGAUGUCCUAGUGGAUUUGUGGGAGGCGGAGGGAUUGGAUCUGUGA